AUGCGGAUGAAGCUCGCUCGGAAGGGUCUGCUCCCGCAGAUCAUCAAGCCCGAGUUCGAUCAAGUGAGUGAUCGCUCCACGGCGGAAUGGAAUACCAACGAUCUGAAGGCACUUGGUGUUAUCGCUGGAGACGUCAGUCUCACGUACCAAGUUUACGCCCGUGGAGCAUUAACUGCCGUUGAGGCGUGGACGAUGCUCGAAGAGCACUUCAAUAAGAAGAUGCUCAAGAACCGGCUUCUGGUCACCAAGACAUUGAACAACUUCAAGAUGGAGCCCGGAAUCAAGUUCGCUUCCCACGUCGAUCAGUUCAAGGAGAUCGUCCGCCAGAUGGAGACGAUCGGUGAGGCUCUGGAGGAGGCUCGCCAGCUCGUGUUGCUCCUUGGCAGUUUAACGGACGAGUACAAGAUGAUCAGUACUGUCCUCGAGAACACGCUCAACGUGACGUUGGCCUACGCGAUCCAAGCACUCUCUGGUGUUCAAGCCUGA